AUGUUUCUUUUCAACGGGGUCAUCGGCUGGGCUUUCCAAGGCCUAGUCAUGGCAUAUAUCACCGAGGUCCUUCCUUAUCAUAUUCGUGCAAAAGGGGUUGCCCUUUGCUGGUCAUUUAUCUCGAUUGCGAGUCCUGUCAACCAGCAUGCCAACCCCAUUGGCCUUGAGUCAAUCAGGUGGAAGUAUUAUUUUGUCUACAUCGUGAUUCUAGCGAUCGAGGUGUUGACAUUUUCCUUUGUGUUUCCAGAGACGAGGUAUUCCUUUGGAGGAGGUCGCUCGGGUUUUUGA